UAUCCGGGCCCGGGAACACCCUGAAGGCUGCGGUGGCGGCCGAGCUAUGGGUGCCCUUUCGCUACCUUUCGGGGUCGGUGCUGGCCGCCGCCGGAGCCCCGUGGGGUGCCGUAUGAGUUUCUGCUUCCUGGGUCUGCCGCUCCCGCCUGUCUCGUUUCUCUUUUUGCUGUUGCUGGCGACGCCUGGCGCUUGGGCCGCUGGAUAUGAGACAUGUCCCACGGUGCAGCCAGACAUGCUGAAUGUGCACCUGGUGGCCCACACACAUGAUGAUGUGGGCUGGCUCAAGACGGUGGACCAGUACUAUUAUGGCAUCCAGAAUAAUGUCCAACAUGCAGGGGUGCAGUACAUCCUAGACUCCGUCAUCUCUGCCUUGUUGGCAGAGCCCACCCGCCGCUUCAUCUAUGUGGAGAUGGCCUUCUUUUCCCGUUGGUGGCACCAGCAGACGAACGCAACACAGGAAAUCGUGAGGAGCCUGGUGCGCCAGGGGCGUCUGGAGUUUGCCAAUGGCGGCUGGGUGAUGAAUGACGAGGCAGCUACUCACUAUGGUGCCAUUGUGGACCAGAUGACACUUGGGCUGCGCUUCCUGGAGAACACAUUUGGCAAUGAUGGGCGCCCUCGUGUGGCCUGGCACAUCGACCCCUUCGGCCACUCCAGAGAACAGGCCUCGCUGUUUGCCCAGAUGGGUUUCGAUGGCUUCUUCUUUGGGCGCCUUGAUUAUCAAGAUAAGCUGGUGCGGAAGAAGAGACGGGAAAUGGAGCAGGUGUGGAGGGCCAGCACCAGCCUGAAGCCCCCUGCUGCUGACCUUUUCACCGGUGUGCUCCCCAACAAUUACAACCCGCCAGAGGGGCUCUGCUGGGAUGUGCUGUGUGCUGACAAGCCUGUGGUGGAUGACCCCCGCAGUCCUGAGUACAACGCCAAGGAGCUGGUCAGCUACUUUCUGCAGCUAGCCACUGCCCAGGGCCAGUACUACCGCACCAACCACACCGUGAUGACCAUGGGUUCGGACUUCCAGUAUGAGAAUGCCAACAUGUGGUUUAAGAACAUGGACAAGCUUAUCCAGAUGGUCAACAUGCAGCAGCAGGCAAAUGGGAGCCGUGUCAAUGUGCUCUACUCCACCCCUGCCUGUUACCUGUGGGAACUGAACAAAGCCAACCUCACCUGGUCUGUGAAGAAGGAUGACUUCUUUCCCUAUGCCGACGGCCCCCACAUGUUUUGGACUGGCUACUUUUCCAGCAGGCCAGCCCUCAAACGCUAUGAACGCCUCAGCUACAACUUUCUGCAGGUGUGCAAUCAGCUGGAGGCGUUGGUGGGCUCGGCGGCCAAUGUGGGACCCUAUGGCUACGGAGACAGCGCGCCCCUCAAUGAGGCGAUGGCGGUGUUACAGCAUCAUGACGCUGUCAGUGGCACCUCGCGGCAGCACGUGGCCAAUGAUUAUGCAAGCCAGCUGGCAGCCGGCUGGGGUCCUUGCGAGGUUCUUCUGAGCAACGCGCUAGCCAAGCUCAGCGGCUCCAAGGAGUCCUUUUCUAUCUGCCGCGACCUCAACAUCAGCUUCUGCCCGGUCAGCCAGACAUCCGCGCACUUCCAGGUCAUCGUUUAUAACCCCCUGGGGAGGAAGGUGGAUCAGAUGGUGCGGCUGCCUGUCAGCGAAGGCCUUUUCCUCGUAAAGGACCCCAGAGACAAGACUGUGCCGAGCAAGGUGGUGGAACUUCCCAACACUGGCAACACAGAACUCCUUUUCCCAGCAUUGGUGCCUGCUUUGGGCUUCAGCAUCUACUCCGUAACCCAGGUGUCCAUCCGGAGACCCCGGGCCCACCUUCGACAGCCCAGGCCCCAGAAAUCUAGGUCCCCCAUCCUGUCUAUCAAAAAUGAGUACCUUCAGGCUACAUUCCACCCUGACACAGGGUUCUUGAGGACGAUUGAGGUCCUGGACCGGAAACUCACGCUGGCUGUGAGCCAGGCCUUCUUCUGGUACAAUGCCAGUACUGGAGACAAGCAAAGUGAUCAGGCAUCUGGUGCCUACAUCUUCAGACCGAGCCAAGCAAAGCCAAUUCCCGUGAGCCACUGGGCACAGACGCAGCUGGUGAAGACAGCCUUGGUGCAGGAGGUCCACCAGAACUUUUCUGCCUGGUGCUCCCAGGUGGUUCGCCUGUACCCUGGUCAGCGUCACCUGGAACUUGAGUGGACAGUGGGGCCAAUACCUGUGGGGGACAAGUGGGGGAAGGAGGUGAUCAGCCGCUUUGACACACCCCUGAAAACCCUUGGAGUGUUCUACACGGACAGCAAUGGCCGGGAGAUCCUGGAGAGGAGGCGGGAUUAUCGACCUUCUUGGGAUCUAAACCAGACUGAACCGGUGGCUGGAAACUACUAUCCAGUCAACAGCCGCAUUUACAUCACGGAUGGGAAGAUGCAGUUGACGGUGCUGACUGACCGCUCCCAGGGGGGCAGCAGUUUGAGAGACGGCUCCCUGGAGCUCAUGGUGCACCGACGGCUGCUGAAGGACGAUGGCCGCGGAGUGGGAGAGGCAUUGCUGGAGUCUGGGUCCGGGGUGUGGGUGCGUGGGCGUCACCUUGUGCUCCUGGACACGGCCCAUGAGGCAGCCGUGGGACACCGGUUGCUGGCUGAGAAGGAGCUGCUGGCCCCGCAGGUGGUGCUGGCCCCAGGGCGCGGCUCCUCCUACCACCACAAGGCAGCCCCGAGCAAGCAGUUCUCAGGCCUGAACAGGGAGCUGCCGCCCUCUGUGCACCUGCUCACCUUGGCCCGCUGGGGACCUGACAUGCUGCUGCUGCGGUUCGAACACCAGUUCGCCCUGGGGGAGGAUUCAAGCCGCAACCUGAGUACUCCUGUGGUCUUGGACUUGAGGGACCUGUUUUCCACCUUCACCAUCACUCACCUGCAGGAGACUACUCUGGCAGCCAAUCAGCCCCGGGCCAGCGCCUCCAGGCUCAAGUGGACACCAGAGACUGGUCCCACCUCCCACCCCACUGUGCCCAGGCUGGACCCUGCCUCCAUCACGCUGCAGCCCAUGGAAAUCCGCACCUUUGUGGCUUCAGUCCAGUGGAAAGAGGAUAGCUAGACCUGCGGGAGGUGCCCUAGCUCUGGGCAUGCGGCCGACUCCCUAUCCUCCUCUUGGUGCUGCCGCCGCCACCAUCCACAAAAGCCAUUAAAAUUCUACUAGUGAGAUUCAG